AUGUUUACUCUUGUCGGGCGCCGGUUAGACAAAAUUCCCUUUUCCACACUCUUCAGCUACAACACCGUUUUAGAAAGCGUUUUUUCCGCGCCGGCGCGAAAAGAUGCUCUAGUAGUCGAGGUAGCCGGUGCUGAGCCGAUGUGUUACUCGUUUGGACGCUUACGAAAAGAUGUUCUUGCAGUGGCGAAUGUCAUCGUGCAACGACGGGAGCUUUUAGCGAAAAUCCAGCGAAUGCCGUCGCUCUGUUGGCUGCAGCCACCAAGGCCAGACAAUGUGAGGAGUGUUUACAGUAAUGAAGAGGGAGGGGUUCUGAGUUGUGAUUUUCUUAAGGAUGAUGGAACAUAUAAUUUGGCGAUAACAGGAAAUGCUGGUUACGCUUUCGUUGUGUCCCUGUUGGCCGCGUGGUCACUCAACCAGAUGGCUGUUCCCAUGUCCGCUUCGCAGAAGUAUGCGGGCGAGUUGUCGUACAUUCUUGGGCAUAGUAAGAGCAGGGCAGUGUUGGGGGACACCUGGGCGUUUGAAGAUAAGUUUCCGGCGGAUUAUAAAAAUCUUUUGGUGCGGGAACUGGAAUGCGGAAGGUGGCCCACAUGCAGAAGUGCAACCUCGUCAACACACCACGUAGAAACGAUGUUUGACCUCGACUCACUUCUUGAUUCUGUCGAAGCCCAACGUGAAAAGGAAGAGGAGACGGGAACCCUGCUUCAACCAGAACACAUCCCCGCGAAGGCUGAAUCGAGGAAAAUUAAUGAUGCACACGAUGUUAUCGAUCGACUGGAACUUGAAAAGGCUGCCGACGCCAAGCGUUGUGAAGCACGCCGUCAAAGCAUGAUGAGUGAACAGUUCAAAGAAAAUAACGCCGUCACACAUGCAGCUGAUGGUGACGCUGGUGAAAUGUAUUACGAUACAGAAAAUCUUCACUCUCUCAAUCCGGUGCACCGCCGCUGGGUGGAGGACCCACGGUCACGUCCAGGGUGGAAUGAUGAUUGCCUAAUGUUGUAUACAUCAGGCACAACAGCCAAACCGAAGGGUGUCGUCCACACCCACGGGACCGUGCGAAAUAUGGUAAAUGUCCUCCAGGAUGUGUGGCAAUGGUCCUCCGACGACACUGUCCUCCAUAUGUUGCCCAUGCAUCAUAUACAUGGGCUUGUUAAUAUCCUUCUUUGCUCCCUGGCGUCGGGUGCCCGAUGUGUGAUUACGAAGUUUGACGACCCAAUUCGCAUCGCACGCCGCCUUGAGCGGGGUGAUAUCACUCUAUUGAUGGGCGUGCCCACGCUCUACACGAAAUUAAUUGCUGCUAUUAACGAAAAAAUGUCACCUAUUGAAAAACGGGGGUUUAAAACAGCGGUCUCUCAAAGUGUCCGAUUGAUUGUGAGCGGUAGCGCCGCUCUCCCCACACCGACCCUUCACGCCUUCCAUGAGCUAACCGGCCACAUUCUACUGGAGCGUUAUGGAAUGACUGAAAUCGGGAUGGCGCUUGGUCAGCCCCUCCGACCCGUAACGAGAAGGGUUCCUGGAACAGUGGGGCAGGCCCUUCCAACUGUGCAAACGUAUGUAUUCAACAACCCAGAGGAAACCGUGACAGAUGAAGGUGGUGAAAAGGCGGAUGGGAAGGGAAAACCGGCGGAGUAUGACACCGUUGGUCGCCUUGGUGUUUCCUCCAAGUCCGUGUUUGACCGCUAUUGGGAUAAUCCAGCAGCGACCAAGAAGGAGUUGGUUGUCAACAGCAGUGGUCAACGCUUCUUUGAUACGGGUGAUACUGUGGGAGUGAAGAUGUUUAACAGUGACUGUGACAGUGUAGUUUACACCAUUCUUGGUCGGACGAGUGUUGAUAUAAUCAAGUCGUCUGGAUUCAAGCUGUCUGCGUUGGAGAUUGAAGCUGCGCUGCUUACCUUCCGGGAUAUUUUUUACGAGGUUGCAGUUGUGGGAUGCAAGGACGAGGUUAAAGGUCAAAGUGUGGUGGCUAUCGCCUCAUUACAGGCUGCGGCGCUGAGGAAGUGGAAUGUACCCGACAAUUUUAACCAUUAUGAAUCACCGGAGUUGACACAGGAACUGUCUGCCGUGGUUCACGAGGUCCUCGCAUAUUACAAAUGCCCUGCGCGGUACAUCAUUGUGCCGGAGGUGCCGCGGAACACAACAGGUAAGGUGAACAAGGGAGCGCUCAGAUCCAUGUUUAACCUUGUUUAA